AUGGUGGUGGUCAAGGUCGGAGUUCAAAUUCAGUUCUUGGUACCUUUUUACUGGAGCGAAGGGGGACAAGAUAACAACCAUGGGCCCAGCGACCCAGCCGGGGACUUUGCCAGAAGUCUCCCUCCGCUGACCAAAAUACCCUUCUGGGUUGUGCAAAAGCAAUCAAAAGAUGAUGCUGCUGCAUUGCGUCGAAGGCAUGUCGCCCUGAAAGUCAGGCACACCAUUUUUACCCCAAACCUCAAUGACAACGGCAAGGGGCCCUUGCUCAAGACAUUGAGAUCAAAUCCCAUUCCAGGAUCAAGCAGCGACCGGGACAGAUGGUGCAUCCAUCAGGAAGAGAACAGCAUUCGAGAAGCGAGGCCAAACGUCCAUUUCAGCAAUAGCCAGUACCUGCACGACUGGUGCGGUCUACAAAUAUGCUCACCACUACUGCAGAUCGACUCUCUCCCAGACUUUGGAGACAUUAUCAUUGCCCUGGUCAACCUGCGCGAAAAUUUCCGCAUCAGGCUGAAUUCGAGUUGCGGCACCCACCUCCACGUCAGUAUCGGCACCGAUGGGUGGCGGAACGAUCUGGUGGCGCUCAAAAAGAUGAUGACGCUCCUUUGGCUGGGCGAGGCGCACCUCGAGGUCCUCAUCCACCCGGCCCGCCACAGGACCGGCGCCCACCUCCGCCGCAUCACCGAGUCCUCGACCCUGGCAGGUCUGCGCAUGCGCAAGCGCCACUGGAAUGUGGACAAGGUGGGCGGGCCAAGCGACAGGUGGUUCCAGCACCUCCGUGCAAGACGCAGGCUGCUCUGCUCGGACCAGUGGGCGCGCAUCGCCUUCAUCUGGAAGCAGGCAACGGCCGAGAAGCUGCAGUCGCUACUCCAGGUGCCAGCCAGGGGCAGCCGGGCCAAGGCCAAUUUUGUCUUGGACGUUAAAAAGGAGAGCAAGGGUGGCAAGGGCACUGUCGAGUUCCGCCAGAUGGAGGGCACUAUCCACCCGGAGAUCAUCGAGAAAUGGGGCAUCGUAGUGACUUGUCUCGCCCAGACGGCAGCCGACGGCAACAACUUUGACAUGUUUGCCAAUAUCUGUGAGGGCCUGGCCUGCGAUGGGCAUGCCGAUUAUCACCACGUCAAGUUCUUGAGUGACGUUGGCGUUGAUCGUGCAACCCUGAGCGCCUUGGCGAUCAAGGAGAAUAUAGCUGAAGAGGAGUACAAAGGCGUAGAUGCCCUCUUCAAGAAGGGUGCAUUCGGCACCAAUGACCCUAGUUUUCCGUUGCCUUACCGUGUGAAACAAGGUAUUGAUUACGAACUGAUGCAUGACGAGACUUUCUUUGACAAUCAACGCUACUUUUCAGAGAGCGAGGAUGAUAAAGUAUAG